UUUAUGGCAGAGUAGGUCUGCCUUUCACGGAAGACCGCUUUGCAAAGCGGGCCUAAACAAUACGAUCGGAGAUAUCGCAACUUAGCGAUUUGUUGUCGUUGAAGUUUUGUUACGCAGGUGUUUCCCCACACGCACUUCAGCUAGGCACAGUCAUAAACCUAGUUUAUUUUAUUUUGUGUAAUAAAAGUAAACAUUGGAAACACCGACGUAAUUUUUUCGCAGUGUUUUAUUAUUUUGCUCAAGCAGUUUGAUAAAAAUACCACUUUUAUCGCUAAAACAUUUAUUAAAAACAGAAAAAACUGAAGUCUUUCUAUUGAAAAUUAAAUUAAGUGCCUAGGAAUGCAGACGAUAAGUAUCGAUGUUUUGCUUCUGCUCGUGAGCGCUGUCGGUACCCGGAACUGGCCGACACCGCGCGUGCGGGACGGGCAAGACGAUGUCCUCAACGAAUUCCCCUACGUGGUCAGUCUACAGUCAGCGUACUUUGGACGCAACGACGAAGACCAGGAACAAUACAUAUCCACGUUGUUGCGAGGAUGCACGGGAACCCUCAUAGGUCCCAACUGGGUCCUCACCGCAGCACACUGUCUUGACCCAUACCUGUCCUUCGUACGAUUCGGCAACAUGACUAUCCCACCGAGUGCCACGUCUCUAAGGAAAAUCUUGAAGAUGAUAUCCCAUCCAAGUUUCAAGCAAGUUGAGAAUUUUCCAGAUUAUUCCUGUCAAAAUGAUAUUGCUUUGAUAUUGAUCGAGAGUUUGCAUAUGCCGUCGGUGGGGAUAUUAUCGGCAGUGGACUACAAAACGUUGGUUGGUCGCAAAGUGAGAUACGCUGGCUUUGGUGCAACAGUUUCUUCUUCAGAUUAUGAUAAUCGGUUGGACGAUGAGUUUAGGCCGUUGCAGUUAGGUGAAGGGGUGGUGGUUUCGUGUGGUCACAACUUGUUGGAGUGGAGGCCAGCUGUGUGCGUGGCGCCCAAAUGUUCGAACGCGCGGCACGACACGAUGCCUGGCGACUCCGGUGGCCCAUUGUUUCACGACGAAAAGAUUGUGGCAGUAGUCAGUGGAGGGGAAAGCGAACCAGAAGGCAUCUAUACUCCGGUCAGCCCUUAUUUAACUUGGAUUAAAACAGUUAUGACAGAAAAUAGAUCUUAACUCGCUAAAUAAAUCUAAAUUGCAGUUACAUUUCUCUCGUUUUAUUAUACCUACCUUACCUAUCAAUUGAUUUCUAUUUGAAUCGGGACAUAGUUACGGAACAACUCGUGAGUUGGAAUUUACAACAUUGAGAAUUCAGUUUCCUUUGAUAUUAUACCCAUUCGUAAAUGUUAAGGUAAUAAAAAAAUUAUGGCUCAUACAAUUCACGACUAAAAUAACCACUACGGCACAAAAUGUCACUUGAACCAAUCAGCUUUUUGCUGUCUUCCUACUUGGUACCGAUGUUACGCAUUUGUUUUGUUACUUUGUAAUUUUUUAGCCAUCAUAGUAAUUUCCGAAAUCUUCUCCAUGCUCUUCCUUGUUUCAAUUCUUUACUUCUCUAAAACA